AUGGAUGAUGGCUUAGAGACCAAGGGUAAAGGAGAAGAGAACACAUUUCCAGUCAUCAUUUCGAGCAAGCUUACCAAAACUCAAGAAGACGAGCUCGUGAAAGUUCUCCAGUCACACAAGCAAGCAUUGGAGUGGACUAUCUCGGACACAAAAGGAAUAAGCCCCUCGAUUUGCGCGCAUCACAUUUUAUGGGAAACGAGUGCUGAACCUGUUCGUCAACCUCAACACCGCUUGAAUCCGGUGGUGCUGGAUGUUGUGAAAGCUGAGGUCCUGAAGCUUCUGGAGAUGAGUGCAAGCGGCGAGCAUAGAAAACUACAAAUUCAAGAACUGGAAGAGAUGAGAAACGGGGCCUAUGAGUGCACCAAGAUCUACAAAGAGAAGACAAAGGCUUUCCAUGAUAAGAGGACUUCGAGAAAGCAAUUCGUAGUUGGGCAUAAAGUUCUCUUGUACCAGUCUCGUCUUCGAUUGUUCCCAGGAAAGCUACGAACAAGAUGA